AUGGCUUCAAGUUUCCAAUGGCAGUCUGUGUGCUUAGCCAUACUAAUUUUUUAUGCUGGGGCUUCUCUGGCCACUUCCCGCCUGCUCCCCCAAUCAUCCAUAUCUGAGAUGCAUGAGCAGUGGAUGUCUCGUCAGGGUCGUGUCUACAAAGACGCUGUAGAGAAGGAACUGCGCUUCAAAAUAUUCAAGGACAAUCUCAACUACAUUCAAUCCUUCAACAGCAUUGCCAAUCAAUCUUACUACCUAAGCCUCAACAAAUUUGCAGAUUUAACCAAUGAAGAGUUCAGAUCUUAUCAUAAUGGAUUUAAGAGAAAUAACUCUCAACAGCCAAGACUCACUGGAUUUCGCUACGAAAAGAUUGAGAAGGCCAAGUUACCAUCUAGUUUGGAUUGGAGAAAAUUUGGAGCUGUAACUCAUGUAAAGGACCAAGGUCAAUGUGGAAGUUGUUGGGCAUUCUCAGCUGUUGCAACUGUAGAAGGGAUUUCAAAGAUCAAAACAGGAAAACUGGUCUCUUUAUCAGAGCAGGAGAUAGUGGAUUGUGAUUAUGUACCUGAUGAAGCCGAAGGUUGUGAUGGUGGUUACAUGGAUAUUGCCUUCCAAUUCAUCAAAAAGAAAGGUGGAAUCACAAGUGAAGCUAAUUACCCAUACAAGGGUGUUAAUGACACUUGCAAAAAAGCCAAAGAAAACUCUGUUGUGGCCAAAAUCACUGGCUAUGAAGAUGUGCCGGCCAACAGUGAAGCAUCCCUAUUGAAGGCCGUCGUUCAUCAACCUGUCUCUGUCUCCAUUGAUGCCGGUGCAGCUGAGUUCCAGUUCUAUUCCGCCGGCGUCUUCACCGGAGAAUGUGGCACUGAUCUUGACCAUGGGGUUACAUUAGUAGGAUAUGGCAAGACACAGAAAGGGACUAAGUAUUGGCUAGUGAAGAACUCAUGGGGCACUGACUGGGGUGAAGAUGGGUACGUAAAGAUAAAGAGGAAUGUUCGUGCCAAGGAAGGCCUUUGUGGUAUUGCUAUGGAUGCCUCCUACCCUAUUAUUGCCUAG